ACGGAAUAACAUGCCCGAUGUGUUUUCAGUGUUUAACGGUGAGGAUAGGAUUGUCCCUACUCCCUUAAAAAUUUGUGAAUCCUGAUCCAGAUGCAGCAGAACAGAGACAGACACAAGCCUGCAAACAGUCAGAGCUGCUCCUCCAAGUCACAGCGUCAGGCCCUGACUCUGUGCACCGCCAGCAAACCCUGGAGAAGAAUUUGAAUGUGGAACAUCUGCACAAACAGGGAACAGCCAACACGAUGAAUGAGAAUAUCUCGAAGAAUUCCAGUGAGGAGCAGGCGGCUUGGUUGGAGACCAGUUUAGAUUUAGCCUUGGCGCUGCAGCAAACUCCGCUCAAUCCCUGGGACAUUGUGCUGUGUGUUUCUGGGACAGUCAUCGCCUGUGAGAAUGCCAUCGUGGUGGCUGUCAUCUUUUACACGCCUGCCCUGAGGACCCCGAUGUUUUUGCUGGUGGGGAGUCUCGCUGCUGCUGACCUGCUGACCGGUCUCGGGCUGAUCAUUCACUUUGUGUUCGUUUAUUGCCUGCGCUCUGAUCUGAUCAGUCUGGUCACCGUCGGGAUCUUAGUCGGAUCGUUCACCGCUUCGGUGAGCAGCCUGCUGGCUAUCACCAUAGACCGCUACCUGUCUCUGUACAACGCCCUGACCUAUUACUCAGAGAGGACAGUAACCCGCACCUACAUCAUGUUGUUGCUGACAUGGAGCCUAUCCCUGAGCCUGGGGCUCCUGCCCGUCCUGGGCUGGAACUGCCUGUCGGAGCCCUCCUCCUGCAGCAUCGUCAGGCCCCUGACCAAGAACAACCUGAUCAUCCUUUCCGUCUCCUUCUUCAUGGUGUUCGGGAUGAUGCUGCAGCUUUACAUGCAGGUCUGUAAGAUCGUGUGCCGCCACGCUCACCAGAUCGCCGUGCAGAGACACUUACUGUCCAGCUCCCACUACGUGACCACCCGCAAAGGCAUCUCCACCCUGGCCCUCAUCCUCGGCGCCUUUGCUGUCUGCUGGUUACCGUUCGCCAUCUACUGCCUGAUAGCAGACUCCACCUACCCUGCAGUGUACACUUACAUGACCAUCCUUCCGGCCAUCUGUAACUCCCUCAUCAACCCGGUCAUCUAUGCUUACAGGAACCAGGACAUCCAAAAGGUACUCUGGGCUGUCUGUUGCACGUCCAACAAGUUGCCCUUUCGCUCCAGGUCACCCAGUGAUGUUUAGCCUCUGGGGUAACGUCUGGCUGCACAAUCUGUUGGAUCUUACCGUGCCUGUCUUGUUUCUGACUUCCUGGUACCCAGUGAUGUGGAGGUGCCGGCGUUGGACGGAGGUGGACAAGGUCAAAAAUCAUAUGACACCGGGUUUAUUUGAAAACACAAGCUCUCCGAGCGCUGCACCAAAGUAUUUUUCCUGACAAAGGAGUGAGGCUUCGAAAGCUUGGGUUUUGAGCUAAAUCUGUUGGGCUGUAACCUGGUGUGGUGUGAUUUCUGACCCUGAUGACUUGGAAAAGCGCCUUCAGUCAAUACCAUUGCACUAAGCCCUGCAGAGUGGAAACAGGCCAUUUGGCUCAUCGAGUCCACACUGACUCUCCAAACAGCAUUCCCACUCCCCCCCCCCCUCCCCCAGACCCACCCCUCUAGCCUAUCCUUGAAACCCUGUAUUUCCCGUAGCUAACCCCACCUAGCCUGCACAUCCCCGGACACGAUUUUAGCAUGGCCAAUCCACCCCGCCCUACCCUGCACAGUUUUUUGGACUGUGAGAGGAGACCAGAGAAUCUGGAAGGAAACCCAUGCGUACACGGGACAACAUGCAAAGUCCACACAGAUGAUCACUAAAGGCUGGGAUUGAACCUGGAUCCCUGGCGCUGUGAGGCAGCAGUGCUAACCAUUGAGCUACCGGGCAAGACGUUAACAAAAAAAAACUGAAAACAAACACAGGCUGCCUGACCUGCAGCGAUCUCCAGCAUUUGUUGCUUUCAGUACAGAUUCCAGCAUCGGCAGUAAUUUGUUCCUUACAAUGUUACAAAUAAUAAUUGCAGAGACAGUGCAGAGGGAACGGAGUGGUCCCCCAUCCUGAAAUUCAAUAAAAGGACUUUGUGUACUGUACUUGAAUUUGCACAAUUGUUAAAACAGAGAAAAAAAAACUGUCUAAAUGUACACUGCACUUUGAAUUUCAAUCCUUACUGUAACA